GCACGCGCUUCGCUAUCAUCUUCACAUUCGUCCCUUCUAACGAAGCUUAAUAAUGGCAAGAACCAAGCAGACUGCCCGUAAGUCUACCGGUGGCAAGGCUCCGAGGAAGCAGCUGGCCACCAAGGCAGCGCGUAAAAGCGCACCUGCUACCGGUGGCGUGAAGAAGCCUCACCGUUACAGGCCAGGAACUGUGGCUCUGAGAGAGAUCCGUCGCUACCAGAAAUCCACUGAGCUGCUGAUCCGCAAGCUGCCCUUUCAGCGUUUGGUCAGAGAAAUCGCUCAGGAUUUCAAGACAGACCUGCGCUUCCAGAGCUCUGCUGUCAUGGCUCUGCAGGAGGCUAGCGAGGCUUACCUGGUUGGUCUGUUCGAGGACACCAACCUGUGCGCCAUCCACGCCAAGAGAGUGACCAUCAUGCCCAAGGACAUCCAGCUGGCUCGUCGUAUCCGCGGAGAGCGUGCCUAAGUCUUUCCCCUGAAACCAACAACGGCUCUUUUAAGAGCCACCCACACCUUCAUAUGAAAGCAUUGUUUCUACCCGCCAGUCGUAGUGUCAAGUACAGCACAGCUCAAACGCAACAAAAGCCAACACAACAAAGCGCUUGCACAGUCCAAUAGAGCAGCAAUCAUAAACAUAGUCAUGGCUUCAUAAUAUCAGCCUGUGAAGUAACGGGCUACACAACGCGUGCGUCUACAGCGAGAGCGCACGCUGGCAGAGCAGUGGGUAUUUGUUAUUUUUCGCCAAUACAUCAUUGUUGUACUUUUCAGAAUAUAUUCCCCAAUCUUAAAUGUGAUUGAAAGCCAAUUAUACUACACUGUCGCAACUUAUGACUCGCAUCAACAUGAUCCAAUCGGCACACUGCAAAAAGUAGAGCAGACGUGCAAAAAAAAGUUAGGGGUCCGGGCUGCUUGACUGUAGUCAACUUAAACUUUUGAGCACAUCUCACAGUUUGGUCAUCUUGUACGUACGUACUUUAAUUGGUCUACAAGUUCAACCAGGGGCUAUUGGUGCGUUCCCCAGGGUUGGGAGAUGGGAUGUUUCUGACCUCCUACUUGCUGAAAUGCAUUGGAACGCCUGUUAAAGCGGAAUGUUCAAGUCGCGAGCUGGGGCAAAAGCGAAGCAA